GAGAAACGAGUGAGGAAACAGUUCUAAGACAAUUGAAUUUUAGGCACAGAAAUAUUGUUGAAGGUACUGGAGUGUAUGAUCCUAAGUGUGAAUAUUUUCCUUGUGAACUGCUUGAAUACACAAUAUGGACACAGUGCUGAAUGCCCAUUGACUUGUUUACUUUCCCCAACCUUCUUUUCUUUUUCAAAAGGUGUCCAAGGUACAUAGAACCACAAAAUCUAACAAGGGUUUCAGAAUUCUUCCUCACGGGACUCUCAGAUGAUCUAGAACUGCAGCCCCUCCUUUUUGGGCUGUUCCUGUCUAUGUACCUGGUCAGCGUACUCGGGAACCUGCUCAUCGUCCUGGCUGUCAGCUCUGACCCCCACCUCCACACCCCCAUGUACUUUUUCCUCUCCAACCUGUCAUUGGCUGACAUCGGUUUCACCUCUACUACCAUCCCCAAGAUGAUUGUGGACAUCCAAACUCAGAGCAGAGUCAUCUCGUAUGUGGGCUGCCUGACUCAGAUGUCUUUUUUUAUGCUUUUUGGAUGUUUGGAUAGUCUCCUCCUGGCUGCAACGGCAUAUGACCGGUUUGUGGCAAUCUGUCACCCCCUGCGCUACUUGGUCAUCAUGAACCCUCGCCUCUGUGGCUUGUUGGUUUUGGCAUCACUUUUCAUCAGCGUUUUGGUCUCCCAGAUGCACAAUUCGAUCGUGUUACAACUUACCUACUUCAAGGAUGUGGAAAUUUCUCAUUUCUUCUGUGACCCUUCUCAACUCCUCAACCUUGCCUGCUCUGACUUCACCAAUAACGUAGUCAUGUAUUUUGUUGGUGCCAUCUCUGGCUUUCUCCCUAUCUCAGGGAUCUUUUUCUCUUACUAUAAAAUUGUUUCUUCCAUUUUGAGAAUCCCAUCAACAGGUGGGAAGUACAAAGCCUUCUCCACCUGUGGCUCUCACCUGUCAGUUGUUUGCUUAUUUUAUGGAACAGGACUCGGGGUGUAUCUCAGUUCGGCUGUGUCAACUUCUCCCAGGAAGGGUGCAGUGGCCUCGGUGGUGUAUACUGUGGUCACUCCCAUGUUGAACCCUUUCAUCUACAGCCUGAGGAACAGGGACAUCCAAAGGGCCAUGCAGAGGCUCCUCAGCAAAAUAAUCUAA